AUGCAACGACAACCGUCACCACCAUCAGCGUCAUCAUCAUCAUUCUCACCACCAACUCCCCAUCGACGCUCCAGAUCUCCCUCCCAAUCAGUAUCCCCCACCCGCGCAAGAUCAUACAUGUCACACAGAUCCUCUCACGCCUCACGUUCUCCCUCCCGAACACCAUCCCAAUCCCGCUCCCCGUCACGAUCAAGACCACGAUCAAGACGCAGCUCCUCACGCCCAGCAUCUUCACAGCACAGCCGCUCACCGUCACGACACGUCCCCUCCCAACAGGAACGAGACCACAACCGCGGCAAACUCAUCAAAGACUCGGCGGGCCUCCUUCUGGGUAUUGGUGUCGCGGCCAUUGUGGCGCACAAGUUCUGGCCAAAGGGCAUGCUGUACGGCGGCAAGGAAGACUGGGAGAACAAGGUGGAAAAGGUCAAGGACAAGAUCCUCGGGGACGAUGGGGACGACAGACAGAGACGGAAUUCUCGGCGGGACAGAGCGCGCAGUGGUGAUAGAGGAGGGUAUUAUGAGGAGAGGGUGGGUGUGCGUGGGCAGGCGCCUUUGACGAGGAGUAGGAGUGCGAGGGAGGGGGAUCGGGGACGAAGCUUGGAUGGGAGACGGAGAGUGUACCAGGAGGUUGAUGCGAGGUGGGAGAGGGGGCCGAGAUAUCAGCGGGAGUGGACGAGGGAGAGGAGGGAGCCGUCGUAUGCUUCGGAGAGACAGUAUUAUCAGAGGGCUGGUGACGGACAGUAUCUCGCUCGGGAUGAUCAUGUCGUUGUUGUUGAGAGGGAUGUGCCGCGCCAUGGUGGCCGUGGGUACAGAUGA